UAUCAAAAUCGGUUUAAACCGGAAACCCGUUUAUUAUUUCCGGCCAUCAGCAACACCUCCAUCUAACCGGAUGAAACCGAUUCCCAGUCAUACAGUGCUUGUGCAUACAGCCGCCACUCAUGGACUCCCGACGCAUGUCUAGUGACUCGGAAUCGGCGUCUGAUACAAUGCCAGUGCCCACAGCUCGUGCAACCACUCAACCUUCUCAUCCCAAUAUUUUACUUACCAAACAGUCUAGACGUCCUCAGCAUCCCGUGCGCCUUUCAACGUCUGAUGACAACGUGGACUCUCCUGUUUCCAGUCCGUCGACGCCUCUCACGCCGAGCAAGCUCGGACAUUGGAUUUGGGCUGCCAAGAAGGGACGACGGACGAGCGACCCGUGGGCUUGUUUUCGCAUGGAGGAUGAGUGUGCGAGCGAGACGGCGCUGAGAUAUCGGUAUGAUGCGAAGAACAGGACGUGGGCAACGGACGAGAUUACGAUUAAGCUGCAAUCGGAGCCUUUUGCACACGGUGCUUUGCGCAAUUGCUUUCGCAUGAAGAAGCUGUCAGCAUUUGUCCACCAGAACGAGUGGAAGCAUGCGUCCAAUUACGUAGCAAAAUGUUACAAGACAACAGCAGAUCGACGAUCUUACUUCGACGACGUCCAGUUGCAGAUGGAUGCGAAGCUGUGGGCGGAAGAAUACAACAAACGAGAUCCUCCAAAGAAGGUCGAUAUAUUUCAGACGGCAUUGAUCGAGUUGAGCGAGAGGCAAGACAAACCUCUCUACUGCAUCGAGCGAUUCAUCGAAGGCGACUACAUAAAGUACAACUCAAACAGCGGCUUCGUCUCAUCCGAAUGCAGACACACGCCGCACGCCUUCAGCCAUUUUACGUUUGAGCGUUCGGGUCACAGGCUGAUUGUUGUGGACAUUCAAGGUGUCGGAGAUUUGUACACAGACCCUCAAAUUCACACCGAAGAUUGCCUCCAAUACGGCAGUGCCAACCUCGGUACAAGAGGAAUGGCUUUGUUUUUCAACUCACACAGAUGCAACCCGAUAUGCGAGAAGCUCGGUUUGACUCCAUUCGAUCUCAGUAAACAAGAACACGAGAAACAAGACGAAACAUUGUGUAACACAACCGAUGGAACGGUUAUCAGAGAUGGACAGACAGACGUAGUGAAUCAGAAACGUCGAAUGUCGGCGAUCGAGGACACGGAUGAGCUUGGCUUCGGGAACGCUCCUAUGCACCCGGCACUGCAAUUUAAGAACGAUGCUGUCGUGCCACGAAGCGUUCUACCAUCAACCUCGGAAGCAGACACAGAAACGGACGAUGAUUUGGUCAGAAGAGAGAAGUUAUCGUUGAGAAUGAAACCAGCGAGUGUCCGGUUGUCUCAUGCUGAUGUGUCUCUGGAUGAAAAAGAUGUGAAGUCUCUUUUAUUACUCGGACAGGUUCAUUACGACAUGGCACUGUACCACGAGAUUGGUCGUUUUAGUAAUAACACACCAAACAGUGAAGACGGACUCUUUCAUCUUCAGAAGGCAGCUCAAGCGGGUGUCCUCGAGGCAGGCAUCACCUUGGCAAAGAUCUACUUGCAGCUGCCUCACAAUCAAUUCUCUACAUUCUCAGUUGAAGACAAUGAAACGCACAGAGACAAAGGUUUAGAAUUGAUGCAUCUAGCAGCUGCCAGUGGUUGUCGCGAAGCAAUCAUCUAUAUGGCGAAAAAGUGUGAUGCCGAUGGACUGGACUCGUGGCCAGAAGCGGUCGACUGGUAUCAGAAGGCAGUCGAGUGCGAGGAGGAUCCUGGAAAUCAGGGCAUCGUCACCGACACGGCGUACAGUCUCACGGCUCGUAUUGCCGAACUAUACAUGACCGGUGGUGGAGCUCUCACGCAGGAUGCUCAACGUGCAGGCGAACUAUACUCAGAGGCUGCAGAACUCGCUAUGCAAGCAAUGAAGGGCAAGCUUGCGAAUAAGUAUUUCGCAUUAGCUGAAGAAGCCUGGGCUGCAGCAGAGUGAGAGACAAUCGGUCUCCAUUGGUUGACCUUGUCCAUGUUCGGACGUGCAAGGAAAGAGUAAAUAUUUACAGUAAAUAUUUACUCUUAUUUAUUGUGUACUUAUCAGUAUGCUAUUCAGGGUAUACGUUUUGAUAAUGAAUAUGAUUUUCAAGACUUCA